AUGCGGUCUCCUUCUCUUGCACGGUUACAAUCCCGUGCGGUGUCUGGCUUGACCAGAUCGGCCCGUUUCCAGCCUCAGACUCUCCUGCGCCAGCGGUGCGCUUCCACAGCCGCAUUCCGGUCCGCCGCUGUCGCGCCGGCUUAUCAGUCGAAGUUGGGACAAUGGGACCAGCGACGCAAUGCUUCUGCUGCUGCGUCUGCAGUUCUCGAGGCUGCUAAGGCCAACCCGGAUGGCCUGUCCCAAGCCGCCAUUAUUGACAAUCUUGAUCCGGUCGAGGCCGCUCGUCUUGACAAGUGCCGUAACAUCGGUAUUGCGGCCCAUAUCGACAGCGGCAAGACCACCUGUACCGAGCGAGUCCUUUUCUACACUGGUCGUAUCAAGGCUAUCCACGAGGUCCGCGGGCGUGACAGCGUCGGUGCCAAGAUGGAUUCCAUGGAUCUGGAGCGUGAGAAGGGUAUCACCAUUCAGUCCGCCGCUACUUUCUGUGACUGGGUCAAGAAGGAUAAGGAGGGCGUUGACCACAAGUACCACCUCAACCUGAUCGAUACCCCCGGCCAUAUUGAUUUCACCAUCGAGGUCGAGAGAGCGCUGCGCGUUCUGGACGGUGCCGUCAUGAUUCUGUGUGCUGUCUCCGGUGUCCAGUCCCAAACGAUUACCGUCGAUCGCCAGAUGCGCCGCUACAACGUUCCCCGUAUUUCUUUCGUCAACAAGAUGGACCGCAUGGGUGCCAACCCCUUCAAGGCGGUUGACCAGAUCAACACUAAGCUCAAGAUUCCUGCUGCUGCCGUACAGGUUCCCAUUGGUACCGAGGACGAGUUCGAGGGUGUCGUGGAUCUGAUUCGCAUGAAGGCUCUUUACAACGUUGGUUCCAGUGGUGAGGAGAUCAUGGAGAAGGACGAAAUUCCCGAGAAGGUCAAGGCUUUGGCCGAGGAACGCCGCAGUAUGCUCAUCGAGACUCUAGCCGAUGUCGACGAUGAGAUUGCUGAAAUGUUCUUGGACGAGAUCACUCCCAGCGAGGAUCAGAUCAGAGCUGCUAUCCGUCGCUCUACCAUUGGACUGAAGUUCACUCCUGUCUUCAUGGGUUCCGCUCUCGCCAACAAGUCUGUUCAGCCUAUGCUGGACGGUGUUAUUGAUUUCCUUCCCAACCCUUCGGAGGUCGAGAACUUGGCUCUUGACCAGAAGCGUGGCGAAGCCUCCGUCAAGCUUGUUCCCUACAACUCACUUCCCUUCGUCGGUCUCGCCUUCAAGCUGGAAGAGAGCAACUUCGGUCAAUUGACCUACAUCCGUGUGUACCAGGGUACUCUCCGCAAGGGCUCCAACGUUUUCAACGCCCGUAACAACAAGAAGGUCAAGGUUCCCCGUAUCGUCCGCAUGCACUCCAACGAGAUGGAGGAAGUCAGCGAGAUCGGUGCUGGUGAGAUCUGUGCCGUGUUCGGUAUUGAGUGUGCUUCCGGUGAUACCUUCACCGACGGACAGCUCGACUACAGCAUGUCGUCCAUGUUCGUCCCCGAGCCCGUCAUCUCGCUCUCCAUCAAGCCCAAGCAGAGCAAGGACGGCGCCAACUUCUCCAAGGCCAUGGCCCGUUUCCAGCGGGAGGAUCCUACUUUCCGCGUGACCUACGACAGCGAGAGUGACCAGACCAUUAUCUCCGGUAUGGGUGAACUUCACCUGGACAUCUACGUCGAGCGAAUGCGCCGCGAGUACCGCGUCGACUGCGAGACUGGCCAGCCCCAGGUCGCCUACCGUGAGACUAUCGGCCACCGCGUUGAGUUCGACCACCUGCUCAAGAAGCAGUCCGGUGGACCCGGUGAAUACGCCCGUGUCAUGGGAUGGAUGGAGCCCACCGGCGCUCUCGAGGAGAACAAGUUCGAGCAGCAAGUCGUCGGAGGUUCCAUUUCCGAGAAGUUCCUGUACGCUUGUGAGAAGGGAUUCAACCUCUCUUGUGACAAGGGUCCUCUCAUCGGACACAAGGUACUUGGUACUCGCAUGGUCAUCAACGACGGUGCCACUCACAUGACUGAUUCCUCCGAAAUGUCCUUCAAGAACGCCACCCAGCAGGCGUUCCGCAAGGCUUUCGCUGAGUCUCAGCCCUCCGUCCUGGAGCCUCUCAUGAAGACGGUCGUUACCGCCCCUACCGAGUUCCAGGGUGAUGUUAUCGGUCUGCUGAACAAGCGUGGUGCCACCAUUAACGACACCGAGACUGGUGUUGACGAGUUCACUAUCUACGCUGACUGCAGUCUGAAUGGCAUGUUCGGCUUCAGUACUAACCUGCGCGCUGCCACCCAGGGCAAGGGUGAAUACACCAUGGAGUUCAGCCACUACGAGAAGGCUCCUCCUCAGAUGCAGAAGGAACUCAUCGCCAAGUACCUGAAGGCCCAGGCCGACAGACACAAGAAAUAA